AAAUUACAGAUUUAAGCAAAGGCAACUGGGAUGAUACUUAAGGACAGUAGAGCUAUUCUUUUCAAAAGGAUGAAUUCAAGUUUUUGAAAGUAGCCUUCAUUGUGCUCAAAGAUAAAUUGGAAAAACCAGAUUUAAAACGACGCGGAUACUAAUCAAAACAGUCGGUCUGUCGGCAUUGGUUGAUACAAUCUUUUGAGUAAAAAUGCAGUUGCGAACUCAAAAAUUGCCUGUGGAAGACGAGGACAUUCGGGACUUGUUUGACCCUUUUAGCUACAACAGAACUGAACAUAGUAUGGUUGAACCACUCUUUGUCCCUAAAGUUGAAGCCUGUUUUUCAUUUUCCAUGAAACAGGAUGAAAAUUUUAAAGGAAAGGAAAUUUGUCCGGACGAAGAUGCAGGUAUAGACGAAGGUACAACUCAAAUGGUGACGGAUAAUUAUAUACUUGCAUCUGACGAGUGCACCGACAAUCCUGAAAGCAGUUUAGACAACAAAGAUGAGGUUAUUUUUAAUUUAAUUUUCUGGCACAAACCGUACAAAAUCCUGAUUAUACGAGAAAUUGAAAAGAAAGAAGACGCAUUCAAACAAGUGGAAAUCAGAAGAAAAGAUACAGGAUGGAAAGGAAACACCAGUCAGGAAACAAAACCGCAUCAUGCGAAGUCUGACGUGCCCAGCACCAUUAAUUAUGCUCUUGCAGUUGUUUUACUGUUGACGAAUGGAAGGCCCCUUGUAGUGAAACCAUCCAAAAAGGCGUUUCUUCUCAUCGUUUCGAUAUUGUUCGCACUAAGACCAGUGGCUGCAACUCCAGUCCAACAAAACCACGAAACGCCUGGCUUAUAUGAAUAUAAACUGCUACAUACAUCAACCUGUAACUACGCAGACUUUAUUAGAUCCGGAACAUGCAAACGGAAUGAAGCAAUGAUGGAUAUUUACAUUCGUUACUGCGGGUUUGCCGAUAUUUGUGAUUCCGGAUUCAAGCCUAUUUGUGUAUACACUGCUGAUGGUGAAAUGCUUCAUAUUUGCUCACCAAAGAGCCUAGUGUGCCCAAAAGGGGAUUGGAGAAGGGUCUCCCGUAAAGCUACAGAUUCCAGUGUAGUUAUAGUGCAGGAAGAAAAAUGUCCGAAGGGAAGAUAUCAGCCAUACGAAUCGGACUGUUAUGAAGCAUGCACAGCCAGACAUGAUGACAUCAAAGACUUGCCCGUACAAUAUGCGAUAUAUUCCAAGGGAGACAAUGUAUCUCCGCCAAUGAUAUAUUGUGAUUUCAAAAGGGGAUUUUACAGCCUGGAUGGCAAGUUUCUUCAGAAGUAUGACGAAGAAAUCAGAUACCAACCCCUAGAAUGUACAACUGUCACUGAUCAGAACCCAUGUUCUAGAGGACUGUACCCUAUUCCGAAUGGGACAUGUCUUUUUCCAUGUGAAAAAGGUUUUGAGCGUGACGUCCAUGAUGACUUUAAAUGUAAAGAAAUAAAAUGGGCAGAAACUGAUUCCAGUAAAGAGGAGUUGAAUCCGAAAGACAAUGAUUCCAGUCAGAAAGCAGAGGAAGUAACCGAGAUAAGCGAACUUAACAGAACUUCACAGCUGAUGAAUGAAACCAAAACGGAGGACAAUCGAGCUUCGAAUGAUUCGCACGUCACUAUAGUAAUAGUCUUUGUAUUCGCUGCUUUACUACUUGCCAUCGUUGGACUGGCCUUUGUACUUCUAGAACACUAAAACAGCAUACUCAUCAUUUAUUGUACCCGGUACAGAAGGAGAGUCUUUCAUUUCCUUAAGAAGUCCAUAGUUUAAAGCAUUCCACUUCGGCUACUUUCAAGAUCAUAAUGAACAAUGACAAACUGCUGGCAUUAAUACGUGUUGUUACAGACAAUUUUUACAGACAAUAAAAGUAUUUUUAUAUGAUAAAAACUACUAUCAUGACAAGUUCGUUCAGACUUUAUCCACUGUCAAACGGUCCAUUAAAUUAUGAAAUCUACAUUACUGAAUUUGGGUAAGAUAGUAUCAAAUCAGUUUAAUUUUUAAACAUAUGUUUUUUGAGCGUUUAGAACAAGAUCAAUAUAUUACAGCAUUUAUGAUUUUAAUUUUAAGUUGAGAUGGCUUUUUAAUGAGGAAUUUGCUAGAAGAUAUGGCAAUAAUGUUAUACCAAAUCAUUUUAACAUUUUCAGUUAUUAAAAAGAUAUAAUGGAUCAAAACUACUUUGAUACAUGUAUAUGUGCCUUUGUUUACUUUUAUGUUUGGGUGAAAUGACGGGCAGUGACCAUAACUACCUAGAUAACGUUGCUUAUACUCGUAUUCUUAGGUUACGAUUAUAUGCGAGUCCAUCAUUUUGUCUGACUUGUUCUUUUAUUGUUACUUACUAGUCAGUACGUAAAAAGGUACUUUAAAUUGUUCGACCUUGAUUAUUAAUUAUAUGACACUAAAUGGACCAUAUGAUAAACAUUAAAAUGCAUGAAAUAACCACGUGGAAUUUUAUGGACAUUUUAUUGAUGCCGAUAUAUUAAGUAAACAGUAUGUUGAAAACUGGUCAAGCAUAAUUGAUCUAAAUAUUAAACUAUCGUUUGGAGUAAUAUUUCAUGCUGUUUGUUUCCUAAUGGACCAUGAUAUACGUCGCCGUCUUUGUAAACAUAGUGUAACAUAUGAAAUGAUUAUUUGGACUCGUCAUACUCCCUAAAAUGAAUGACAUAUUUUCAUAGCUUUGUUAGCAUGAUAAUUAUUGACUACUUUUUUGUGUUCAAAUCUUUUGAAUGAGUGAUAUGUUUGUGUUUGCAUUUAAUUAACCAGAUCACAUCAUGCUUAAAAAAUUCUCAGUUCGUUUUAUGUUCUAGAUAUUUUCAUUUAAUAAACGCAAUCUCUAACAUUGUUAAUAUGAUUUAUCUUAUACUAUUCUUGGUUUCAACCUUUUAUCAAUAGAAAAUAUUUGGCUUAUUUUACAAAUUUAUGUAAAAUAAACUUAAUCGUAGUGUA